AUGAGACUGUGGUGCAUAUUCUGCUUGAUACUGCUGCUGCCCAGCACUGUGGUCACUUUGCCACACCAGGGCACACUGAGUGACAGCCUGCUUGGCCGGAGUCAGGAGGACCCCACGCCAGACCACCCAGGAACAGGGCCAGGUCAGUCACACUAUUCACCAUCCCAAUUACACUGUCAGUACUGCUGUUUGUAACUUGUUGUAUUGAUAUGAAUGUGUAUGCCUGGGACCUGGCCAUAGCUUUCACCAAACAUGGAUGCAAUCUAUUCAUUAGCAUUUGCAAGAAAAUAUUGUAUGCAUUGUAAUGCACAGUGCUUACUUUAUGCUCUAUUUGUUAAUUACAUUAACUAACUCCUUACUAGAAUUUUCUGUAACUUUAUUUUGCAAAUUCUGAAUGAUGCAAUAUAAUCUCUGAAUUAGGUCAUCUUCUUUCGGCCAUCAAAUUAUAAAUUAGUCAAAAAAUGGUUAUGGGAAUACAGCCUUCUGUGACUACAUUUAGUCUGUUCUUUCAUCCAAGGAGACAACAGUUCAAUGGAGGUUGGAAAAGGUUUGGGAGAGAAUGCCUUAACAGUGAAUGGGACCAUAAACUCCAAUCCCACCGCUCCUCAUCACCUACCUGGGGACACUCCAUGUUUCGGAAGGACACUGUCUCAUGGAGAGGUUAUUGAGGAUAUGUUUUCAGCACUUCUUGAAGGUUGGGGCCAGGAAAGCGAGCUGAGAAAGGAGGAUUUGACUCGGUUUGGCGUUUGCUCACACUCUGAUGGUGCUCCAAUACCUGCCUUAUCCACACUAGCUGAAGAAGCCAACAAAGAGAAACAUGGGCUACAUGUUUGGCACCCAACCAAAGGUACACUUUUGUCUCUUUCCAGAUUUCAGCUUUGA